CUUCAACUGCCUAACCGAAAAAGACUGGCUCUUAAUACCACAAAGCCCACCCCUCACUCCCUAAGAAGUAUCGCCACUUCUUUAUCAUCUCUCUUACAGUCCCAAAAACAGCGCCUCGUUUCUGACGAUCCUCUACGAUGCUAGCUUGAUUCCUCCUCUUCAAUGCUUUAAGACACCAUCUUCUUCUUUCCCCACCUUUUAGAUCCUUUUCCGCGUCUUUUCUCCGGGGAUCUCACGUCUUUCGCAGCCAAUUUCGGGAGAAGAGAAUGGCGUCUAUUUCUACUCAUUCAGCUGCAUUAUCCGGUUCUUCGGCAUCUGAUCUUCUUCGAAGCUCGAGUAAUGGCUUCAGUGGCAUUUCUUUGAGGGACCUCGCUAAAGUGCGAUUCAACCCAAGAAGAAAGGACAUGACAGUGAGUGCAAAGGUAAGGAAGGUGAAAAAGCACGAGUAUCCAUGGCCGGCUGAUGCGGAUCCGAAUGUCAAGGGUGGAAUUCUUACUCAUCUCUCACAUUUCAAGCCUCUGAAAGAGACGCAGAAGCCUGUUACUCUUGAAUUUGAAAAACCACUUGUUCUUCUUGAGAAGAAGAUUAACGAUGUGCGGAAAAUGGCUCAAGAAACUGGUCUAGACUUUAGUGAUCAGAUUCUUUCGUUGGAAAAUAAAUAUCGGCAGGCUUUACAGGACUUGUACACUCAUUUGACUCCUAUACAACGUGUCAGUAUAGCUCGGCAUCCUAACAGGCCAACCUUCCUUGAUCACGUGUUUAAUAUCACUGAAAAGUUCGUUGAACUUCAUGGAGAUCGGUUAGGGUACGACGAUCCUGCAAUUGUUACUGGUAUAGGAACCAUAGAUGGGAGAAGGUACAUGUUCAUGGGUCACCAAAAGGGUAGAAACACAAAAGAAAAUAUUCGGCGUAAUUUUGGAAUGCCUACACCACACGGUUAUCGGAAGGCGCUUCGCAUGAUGUAUUAUGCUGAUCACCAUGGGUUCCCAAUUGUUACUUUCAUUGAUACACCAGGUGCUUAUGCGGACCUCAAAUCCGAGGAACUGGGUCAAGGUGAAGCUAUUGCUCAUAAUUUGAGGACUAUGUUUGGUCUCAAGGUACCGAUAAUUUCAAUUGUCAUUGGCGAAGGUGGUUCUGGUGGUGCCCUGGCAAUUGGUUGUGCUAAUAAGUUGCUAAUGCUUGAGAAUGCAGUUUUCUAUGUUGCCAGUCCUGAAGCCUGCGCUGCAAUCUUAUGGAAGAGUGCAAAAGCUUCCCCACAGGCAGCAGAGAAGCUAAGAAUUACUGCGUCGGAGUUGUGCAAAUUACAAAUUGCUGAUGGCAUAAUCCCUGAACCUUUGGGUGGUGCGCAUGCAGAUCCUUCAUGGACCUCACAACAAAUAAAAAUUGCAAUAAAUAAGACCAUGGAUGAGCUUUUGAUGAUGGACACCGAAGAACUAUUGAGGCAUCGAAUGAUGAAAUUCCGUAAAAUUGGUGGGUUUCAAGAAGGCGUUCCAAUUGAUCCAAAGAAGAAAUUGAACAUGAAAAAGAAGGAAGUACCCGUCGUCAGGAAGACGAAGAAAGUACCCAUCGGGAAGACCCCAGUUCAGCAACUAGAAGUUCAGGUGGAAAAAGUGAAACAAGAAAUAUUGAAAGCCAAGGAAUCCUCCACUGGUCGACCUGAUUUGGUUCUGAAUAAGAUGAUUCAAAAAUUAAAGAAAGAAGUUGAUUUUGAAUUUUCUGCGGCAGUAAAGGCCAUGGGAUUGAAGGACAGACUCGCCACGCUCCGAGAACAGUUUUCGAAAGCAAAUUCACCGGACCAACUUAUCCAACCUGCAUUGAAAGGAGAAAUUGAGAAGCUUAGAGAUGAAAUCAACCAGGGGUUAUUUAAAGCUCCUAACUACGAGAAUCUGAGGAAGAAACUCGACAUGUUAAAUGACUUAUCUCAAUUCAAGGCUCUGUCAGUAAGAGAUGUUAAGGAGGCCUCGUUGAAACAGGAAAUCAACAAAAAAUUUGCAGAGGUUCUAAGUCAACCUAAUGUACAAGAGAAAUAUGAAGCGCUGAGAGCUGAAAUUGAAAAUUCAGGGGCGUCUACGUAUUCGGAUUUGGACCCCGAACUGCGAAAGAAAAUCGAUAAUGUAAAGAAGGAAAUACAAGGGGAGUUGGUAAAUGCCCUCAACACCUUAGGGUUAGAUGUUGAAGUAUUAACAUCAAAAGCACAAGUCCUUAGCGAGCAGUCAUCGUUGUCGCUAUUCAAACCAAAGAUAGAGAUGUUAAAUGAGGAAAUUAAUCAGGGAAUUGAUAGUGUUGUAAACAGAACAGAUCUAAAAGACAAGAUUGAAUUACUGAAACUGGAGGUAGCCAAGGCUGGAAAGACACCAGAUGCAACCUCAAAGAACAGAAUUUGGGCUUUGGAGCAACAAAUAAAGCAGAGCCUUGCUGCUGCAUUGGAAUCUUCAGACUUGAAGAAGAAACAUGAAACACUGAGGGAAGAGAUAUUAGAAACUGCAGAAUCAGGGUUCGAUCCGCAAGAAGAAGGCGAUAGUUCUGUGUACGGUGACGGUGACGCCAGAAUUCAGAUGAAUUUGGGUGCUGAACAUACCUUCGCUUAAUGACCAUGCCUAAGAAGAAAAAGUUGGACGCAACUGAAAAUUAGUGAGAGCUUCUACAAUGGCCAGAAAUACUAAGUUAGCUGUUUCCACUUCUAACCCGAAUAUGACAUCGCUUGAUUUUGAUCGGUUACAAGAUUUAGCAUGAACUGGAGCUGGAAGGUCAGGGCAGAGCUGCAUUUUCAUUUUUCCUGUGUUUCGGGGAUUUUUCUUCUCUAAAUUAGGUCUCUUGGAUUUGGAGUUAUUUAUAUCUGGCUUCUGGUUUUGUUGUUGCUGUGUUUCUUAUUUUUCCAAAGAUAGAUCCAAAUAGCUCUGUAUAGAUCGCAAGAAUGUCUUGGAGGCCUAUAAUGCUUUUCAGACUCUUUAAAAUGGUAUCAUUUCCCACUUUUGAUGAUUGAUCA